AUGAAUGCUUCGAGUCUGUUGGGAGGGCCCCAUGGUCCUCCCCAGAUGGAUACUUCGAUGAGCACGCUGGCAGGUGGAAACUCCGACCCCCGCCCCGAAGGAGUGGGAGCUUUGCCAUCAGAAUCCACUUCCUCUUAUUCGGAAGUGCCUUUCCACGCCUCGUCUCCCUUCUCGCAUCACGCCGACAAGGGGCCCCCCUCUAGUGUACCUCAUGGGGCCUCGGGUAAGGGCUCCUCCACCGGCGUCUCGCGAGGGGCCCCCGGGGGGGAGGGCCCCCUGGGAUACUUGCUCUAUUCGAUUGCGCUGGCACACAACGACCACUCUCGCGUGUCUGCUCUGCUGACGCUGGAGGCGAACUGCGGAAGCCUCCUCUCGGAUACUCAGCGUCUUCAUGCAGCCUUCGCUGCUUUGGAUGCAAUCGUCUGCAACGCUGUGCCUUUCACUAUUAAGACAGGCCGUCACCGAAAAAUACACUGGACUGAAGAAAGUCUCGCUUCAGCUGCCCAUGGCGCUGCUGCGGAAGAGCAGCAACAGCCCGAAGCCACUCCUGUUGAAGAGGCGACUUCCCCAGCAAUAGACACUGGCAGAUCGACUUCCCCUUAUGCAAGAGGAAUGAGGCUUCGCAAGGGGCCCCAAGGAGCCAUGCGAUGCUCCGGCCCCUCUGCAACUGUAGUAGUUAAGCGACCCUUCUCAGUGCUUUCACGCUAUGUGACAUUGCAGGUGUGGGUGUCGAUGGCAGUGUCUCUAGACUGUCUCCUGGUGGCUCCCCAGUGGCUGCAGCGCCUCGUCGGGCUUCUGCAUGCAUUCGCGAGGAACGUGGGAUCUCCAGCCGACGCCCCCUUUAGAGCCUUUGCAUGCACGUGUCUUGAGGAACUUGAAUUGGCAUACCCCGGAUUGCUAUCGCCUCUGCUAGGCCCUGAAGGCUUUGGAAGUUCCCUCAGCGUAGCUGCUGCAGGCACUCUGCAGUUGGCUUCAGUGGCGCAGCAGGGGGAUUCAACGAAGGCUUCUUCAUCUCCCCUGUUUUUGACAGAUCUUCUUCAGAGGGAGCGUCAACUAGCUGCUGAGGCCUAUGCAGUGCUUCUCUUGCGUUGCAUGCGUCACCUCUCUGCCAACAUAGUCUGUGAGAGUCGGCUCGCCAGAGAAGCGCCGGAGAGAGGCCUCCCCACGAAAGAGGAAGACCUUUCAGAGCUCACACAAACGGGGAGACAGUCCCUCAAAAACGGCCUUGACAUGAAGGGCCGUGUCACCUCAGACUCCUCCGAAGGCAACGCACUCGGAUAUACACCAGGAAGACACCUAGGAGGCCCUUAUCCCUGCCAAGAAGAAACGAACGGGCUACACUACAAGAUCCCCUCGAUUGGGGUGUCUGCCGUCCCUCUUCCAGCAGUAACACUCAGCAGCUCGGGCAGCAGUAGCAUGCGGGGAGAUUGUUUGCCUCCUCCCCGGCUGGCUCGAGACUUUGCCAAAUCGUUGAAGAAGGCCUUGUCAGUAGUGCUGGAGGGCUUUUGGAGUUAUGGGGACUGGCCCCAGCUAGCUAUCUGCAUGCACCUGGCGUUUUUUUCUCGGCUGCUCUGCCUCCCCGCGUUUGUGUCUCUCGACAUGUUGCUGCCCCUUCUCCACUCCUCGAGACUGCAUCUUCUCCACGCGUGGGCUCUCCUCGCUGUAGCCUUGAGAAACUCGCCCCUUUCUGGAGGUUCUCAGAGAUUACCAGGACCGGGUGGAGUGGAGCGGCUCACAGGCAGUCCCCAUGCCAUUCUGCUUUCAGCUCGGCUAAGGGAGCUUGUGCAGAACCAGACCAUGAAUCCUCACGAACGUGUCCUCUGCAUUCGGUGGUACAUGGCCUUAAUGCAACACCCCGACUUCUGUGCAGCCUUCGCGGGAAGCUCUCCUACAGUCUUCUGCCCCUCAGCGAGCGACCCCCCCUCUGUGAAAGAGCAGCUGCUACAGGCCCUCCUUCUGCACUGCUGCAGGAGCAAUUCCAGCUGGCGGGGUGCCGCUGCAAACCUGUUCGACGUCUGCGGAGUCAUGUACGAGUUCAAAAGGCCACGCAGCGCUCCCGAAGUGCAUGCAGUAGUCUUCAGAUUCUUGCUCAGGAGCAGCUUGAGAUCCCCGCUUGCCUGCCAGCAACUCCAGGCUUUCCUCUGCGAGAACCUCCGAUGCCAUCCCGUCGAAUUGGAGGCGAGCGUGUUGCUGUUGCUGCAUCAUGCGUCUCGCGCGGCUGAGGCUUCGCUUCAAGGCUCUUCCUCCCCUGCGCCUUGUGCUUCCUGCGGAAAGAGAGGGCCUUGUCAGUGCCUUCAAAAGCCUCAGAAAAAGCCGCCGGAGCCCUCUGUGUGCGAGUCUCUGCUGCUCCCCCUUGCGAGCUUCUUAGAGACGCUUGAGCCCCCCGAAGACCUUGUGUAUUUCUCCUCCCUGAUCUUCGAGCUGUCUGUACACCGCGGCAUCCCUCCGCAGCGGCUCCUGCCGCUGCUCAGACGUCUCAGCCUUACUGCAGCAGCAACAGAUAAGGCGGACGGCAGGCGGAGCUGGCACGCUGCACUUUGUCUCCUCGCCCUGCUACAAACACACAGGGGGAGCAGCGAGAUACGGGAAGGAGUCGGACUUCUGCUACAGGAUCUCGCGCAGGGCCGGGGGGGAUUCGACUGUCGACAGGAGGCUGCCUUGCUCCUCUUGGCUCUUCAUUAUGCGAGCGAUCGGGCUCUUCUUGCCUUGUUGACUGUGACUGGAGGGGAGGCAAGCGGCCUCGUUGAGCGGUACCUCACACAUGUUGCGCCACCACAGUAUAGGUAA